AUGGGCAUAAGGAAUCAGACACGAGUGGUGGAAUUCGUCUUCCUGGGAUUCUCUGGCAUUCCAUACGGCCACACCUACCUCUUCCUGGUAUUCUUAGCCAUUUACUUGGUGACCGUGCUGGGGAACCUGAUGAUUUUUACUAUGAUUCAACUGGAUUCCAGCCUUCAUAGCCCCAUGUAUUACUUCCUCAGCCACCUCUCCUGCUUAGACAUUUGCCUCUCCUCCGUCACAGUCCCUAAGAUCCUGGUGAACUUCUUGUGCCAGCGACAGACCAUCACCUACAACCAGUGCUUGGCACAGAUGUUCUUCCUGAUGUCUUUCACGGGGACGGAGGCUGCGCUGCUGGCUGUCAUGGCCUAUGACCGCUAUGCUGCCAUCUGCAAACCUUUGCAUUACUCCCUUCUCAUGAACUCCAAGGUGUGCACCGUACUGGCCUUUGCCACUUGGAUCUGGGGCUUCCUGGAUUCUGCUUUUCACGCUAUUCUGAGCUCAAAGAUGUACUUUUGUGGAGCCAAUCAGAUUCACCACAUCUACUGCGAUCUCCCUCCAUUGAUAAAAAUUUCUUGCAGUGAUACACACAUCAAUGAAAUAUCAAUCCACAUAGCAAGUUUUAUUGUGGGUGGGGGCCCCUUUGUGUUCAUCAUUUUCUCAUACGUCUUUAUCCUGUCUUCUAUCUUGAAGAUCCGUUCCACCACUGGCAAGCGCAAAGCCUUUUCCACCUGUGCUUCUCACAUCACUGUCGUCAUCAUUUACUAUGGAAAUGGGUUACUUAACUAUGAGAGGCCAAGUGCUGGUUACUCCUUAGAGAUUGACACUUUAGUCUCCACCAUGUACUGCGUAAUAACCCCUAUGCUCAACCCCCUCAUCUACAGCCUCCGGAACAAGGAAGUGAAAGGGGCCUUGAAGAAGGUUUUGGAGAGCUUUUGA